UUCCGGUUGGAUGACCAGCCCGAUUCAGUUGUGAUUAUGUCAAUAUGAUGUGGAUGCUUGACAUGCCAGCUAGGAUGAGCACCUCAGUGGCUGAGUAUUCUGCCCUGCCAUGUGAUUUUCAGAAAAGCUCAAUCCCAAUUUGGGUUCAAGUGUUUGAACGUCUUAGUAUAACACUGGUAUACCAUCCAUAUCUCGUGUAUAUAGAGCAGAAUGGGGCAGAACUAUUCCUGUGGUUUUGAAGAAGAGCAAUACCUGACAUGAAACUUUAACCCUAUUUGUCUGCACAGAUGCUGUCAGACUUCCUGAAUUUCUCAAGCCUUCUGUGUUUGUUUACCUUGCUUUCAGCAAUUUCUGGUGCUGCUCUUGGCACAUUGUCCUGCAUACUUUGAACCCGGGUUGAUCCCUUGCUUGAUGUUAAAUGAAGUGAUGGAUAUGCCAAGCAAUGAGGCUAUCAGUUCUGGUGGAAUGCAGUUCUGCUGCUGAUGGGCCAUAGCAGCUCACGGAGCUCAAUUUGAAUUGCUUGAGCUCUUCACCGUAACACGAUUGAGUGUACGUGAUGGGACUUAAUCAGCGUGGAUUUAUGUGGUGGUCAUUCCUGCUAACAAGGUGAAGAAUAGAUGCAUCUGUGAUGGAUAGAUUGGUAAGGAUGAGUGAAAGUAAAUCAUUUCCCAUCACUACCAGCCACAAACCCAUUCUAGCAGUUAUAGUUUUUAGAAAUCAGUCAUUAGUGGUGCUACUGAGCCACUGGUUCCUUUACAUGGUACAUUCUGCUACUGUUUGUACUUGUUUGGUUAUCAGAAGUUUUCCUUGUCCAUCCUUUCUAGAUUUAUUGUGUGAAAUUUAAAUUUGACCACCUCUUGAGACGGAAUUCUACAGUACUAAUCUGGAACUCUGAAUUACAUUAUUAUUACCUCACAACAUCACAUUGAGAAGAUACCAAACCUCAUGUGGUAAACUGAGGGUAAUACCAAUCAACUGCAGUGUUACAUGGAUAGGUUAGCAGAAUGGACAGAAAGUUGCCAAGUGGAAUUUAGCACUGAGAAGCACCAUGUGUAUUUUGAUGGAAGGGAUAAGGAGAGUCAAUAUAGCCUGAAUGACAUGGUUCUAAAGGAUCUUUAGACACGAAAAGACCUCGGUAUUUGUGUGCAUAGAUUUUUGAUAGCGUCCAGACAUAUUGAUAGAUUAGUUGACAAGGCAUAAUGACUUUUGCUUCAUAAUUGAAGAUAAAAGGACAGGAAUUAAUUCUAGGAUAACACAGUGUGGAGCUGGAGGAACACAGAUGGCCAGGGAGCAUCAGAGGAGCAGGAAAGUUGACUAAAACCUGAGACCAGUCUCUCUUGGUCUUUGUAUUAGCAGUUAAGGGAACAACAUUUAUUUUUCUGUUUUAUCUAAAGCUGUGUUGCAGUCUUCUAGGUUGUAAUUUCCCUACAACCUGUCUCUUGUCAACUUUCCUGCUCCUCUGAUGCUGCCUGGUCUGCUGUGUUCCUCCAGCUCCACGCUGUUAUCUCCAACUCCAGCAUCUGCAGUUCUUGCUAUUUCUGAGGAAUUUAUUCUGUAUUUUUCUUAUAAAUCUCUGGAUGGAUCCACUUAGAGUACUGUGUAUAGUUACGGUCAUGCUUUUUAGAAAGGAUAUGAAGAUCUUUGAAAGGUGCAGAGGAGAAUGGUUGCAGAAUUGAGGGAUUUUAGAUACUGUUAGAUUGGAGAUGUUGAGAUUGUUUCUCUUGUUCCAAGAGAAAGGUUAUAGGGAAAUUACAACCUAGAAGACUGCAACGCAGCUUUAGAUAAAACAGCAGAAUAAAAGCUGUUCCCUUAGCUGAUAUACAAGGACUAGAAGAGACUGACAUAAGGGCAAGCAGUACUGGGGAAUGUGAGAAAGAACCUUUUUAUGCUGUGAGUUGUAGUAAGCUGGAACUUGCUAGAUGCAAGAUGACAAAUUAUUUCAGAAGGAAAUUUGACCAACACUUAAAUACUUCCAGGGCUAACUGGAUGGAGCAGGGGAGUAGGACUGAUUGACUUACUGUCGGGGGUGCCAUCAUGAACUAAAUGGCCUCCUGUGUUGUAAUGACUGUUGUGACUAAUCAAGUUUCAGGAAUUAAAUAUAAGAACAUAAAAUAACAGGUAAUUGGCAAAAAAUGUGGACUGAAGCACAGAAAAUAAAAUCUAACUGAACUUCUUGAUUACUUCCUUGUGUAGUGCAGAGCUAUCGGGGGAAGGCAGAUCAUGCCCACUCUUCACAGUAAUUAGCUGUUGUGUUCUGAAAUUUAAAGGUCUAGACAAACAUUUUGAUAGCUGCUGUCAAAAGGUAAGUGCAUAAAGUAAGUAUGAUGUUAGCUUGACUGGUAAGUAGAGGUAAAUAAUGUGCCAGAGGUAGAGGGGAAAGGGUGCCAUUUGGGAAAAGGGAGAAGGUAGCAUCAGUACCGGGGUAGGUGAUGUUUAGGGUUGGAUCUGACUAGUUGAUUUAUUGUUGUCAUGUACUGAGAUACAAUGAAAAGUUUGGUUUUACAUACUAUACAGGCCGAUUGUACUGUACAAAAUGCAUCAGGAUGACAGACAGAGCACAGAAUACAGUGUUACAGCUGCAGAGAAGGUGCAGAGAGAGAGAGAGAGAGAGAGAGAUCAAUAUUAACAUUUGAGAAACCCAUUCAAAAGUCUGGGGAAAAGUUGUUUUUGAAUCUGUUCAUAUGUGUACUGAAACUUUUACAACUUCUGCUGGAUAGAAGCAUUUGGAAGACUGAAUAACUGUGGCGGGAGGGAUCUUUAUUAUUUUGAUUACUUCCUUUAGGCAGCAGGAAGUAUGGUUGGAGUCAGUGUAUUGAAGGCUGGUUUGCAUAAUGGACCGGGCUAUGUUCACAACUCUGUAGUUUCUUGUGGUGUUGUGAACAGCAGUUACCAUACUACGCUUUGGUGCAUUGUUGUGCUUUCUUGACCAUCGCAUUGACGUGGGUGAACCAGGACAGAUUGGUGAUCAUCACUCCCAGGAACUUGAUGCUCUCAACCAUCUCCACGUCGGCAUGAUUGAUGCAGAAGGGGUGUGCCUUCCUCUUUGCUUCUUGAAAUCGAUGAUCAGCACCUUUGUUUUGCUGAUGUUGAUGGAGAGAUUGUUGUCUUUACACCAUGCUGCUAAGCACUGUAUGUCUUUCCUGUAUUCCGUGUAUUCAUUGUUUGAGAUUUGACCUAUAAUAGUAGUGGGGUCAGCAAACUUUUAAAUGGAUUUGGGGCAGAAUUUGGCUGCACAAUUGUUACUGUGUUAGGAGUAUAGUUGGGGGAUAAGUAUGCAGUAUUGAAGAUUGUGCUGGAAAAGAUGUUGUUGCCCAUUCUUAUUGAUUGCAAUCUAUGGGUCAGGAAGUCAAGAAUACAGUUACAGAAAGAGGAUCUGAGACCUAGGUCUCUGAGUUUAGAGAUAGGUUUGCUUCGAAUUAUGGUGCUGAAGGCAGAACUGUAGUCAGUAAGUAGGAGCCUAACAUGUGUAUCCUUGUUAUCCAGAUGUUCCAGGGAUAAGAGUAGGGCCAGGGAGAUAGCAUCUGUCAUGGGCCCGUCAUGCUGGUAGGUAAAUUGCAAAGGAUCAAAUCAAUCUAGUAGGCUGGAGUUGAUGCACGCCAUGAUUAACAUCUCAAAGCACUUCAUAAUAAUGGAAGUUAGAGCCACCGAGCAGUAGUCAUUGAGGCAUACUGCAUAAUUUAUCUUUGGCACUGAGAUGAUGGUGGUCUUAUUGAAAAAGUUGGGGACUUCAGAUCAUAGUAAGGCGAAGUUUAAAAAUGUCAGCAAAUACUCCCACCAGCUGGUCUGCCCAGGAUCUGAGUGUGCUGCAGGGGACCAUAUCUGGCCAGUUGCUUUCCAUGGGUUCACUGUCAAGGCCAAACUAACAUCUUCAGUGGUGCCAUGGGUACAGCUGAAUGAGUGUCAAGUAACUAAUCCAGCAUGUUUACCUGUGAUAUUUGUGGGCAAGGUGGUUUGUCAGAACCAGACAUGAGGACACACAUUCUCAUCAUGCAUGAAGAAAAUGAAUACAGUUGUCCAAUGUGCAACCUAUCAGGAAUCAGUUAUAAUGAAUUAAUGUUCCAUAUAGAAACGUCCCACGGUGAGGUGAAACCUGUGGAUGAUAACAGGACAAUGUAUUCCGUUGAACAAGAAGGGGUUCUUGAUUCUUCACUUCAGACCAGUAGGUUGACUGAUUUAAAACAUAAAACAACUCUGGAACCACAAGAAUUUGGAGGGUACAGGAUGGAAAAGCCCAAACCAGAACAGCUUCAGAUGUCUCGCUCUGCUUCACCAUCUAACUGUGAGAGAACAUUCAGACAAAGCAUAAAGACAAAAAGCGAACCUAAAAAAUUAAUACAAUCAGAAUCUGUCAAUGGGCACUUUUCAGGAACAGUUUGGAGACAACCUCAGCAAACACUAUUUGACAAGAAUCGUAGAGAGACAGAAAGCAAUGGACUUCGUAGUACUACAGACGAAUCCAUGAAGUUUAAUAUCCCAGAAUGCCCUUUCUGUGGCCUUAUUGGAAAUGCAGGAGAGGAUCUAAGUGAACAUGUUAAAAGUAAACAUGCUGAGAUCCUGGAAACACCUCAAAAAGGUUGUGGAAAGCAGAGACUCUAUCCAUGUCCCAUGUGCAAAUUGGUAUUUGUAAGUUGUCAAAUACUUCAGGAACAUGUUGAGUUACAUUUGGCUGAGAGCAGAGCUGAAGAAUGUGCCCUAGCUGAUCAUCGAUUGGCCCAAAAACUGCAGGAGGAUGAGGAAAUGCAAAGGAAGGCUAUUGAAACAAAAAGAGAACGGGAUGACUUUCAAAAACUGCAGCGGCAAUAUGGGUUAGAUAAUCGUGGAGGAUACAAACAACAGAUAAUGCGCAACAUGGAGAGGGCUGUGGCACAGGGUCAAAUGAAUCCUGCAGAGUACCAUUGCAGAAGAGCAGAAGUAAUGGAGACUUUAGCACUUGGAGAAGAUGAUGGCAGAACUAGAACUUCAGGUCUAAUAAAGAUGCUAAAUCAGUAUUAUCAGAAAAAUGGUGCAGAAAUAAGGCAUGUGAUUCUGUGUGCAGAAACUGAUCACUACCAUGCCUCUCUAGGAGACAAAGGCUGGGGAUGUGGAUACAGGAAUUUCCAAAUGCUUCUUUCCUCACUUAUAAGGAUGGAAGAGUAUACGCAUGAUUUACAUGACAUUGCAAUCCCUUGCAUUCCAAAAAUCCAGUCUAUGAUAGAGGAAGCAUGGAAGGAUGGUUUUGAUCCUCAAGGUGCUGCGCAUUUUAAAAAUAAACUGCAGGGCACUCGAGCUUGGAUUGGAGCAACAGAAAUCUAUUCUUUAUUGACUUUCCUAAGAAUAAAGUGUCAAAUUGUUGAUUUCCAUAGUCCGACUGGACCGUCAGACACACACCCUCGUUUAUUUGAGUGGAUAUGGCAAUUCUAUUCUUCAGGCAGAGAUGCAGGACUGUGGUUACAAUCCAAAGUCAUGUGGACUAGCAAGCCACCAAUUUAUCUACAGCACCAGGGUCACAGUCGAACCAUUAUAGGCAUUGAAGAAAGGAAGAAUGGGACGCUUUGUCUUUUGAUUUUUGAUCCUGGUAACCAAGAAAUGCAGAAACUUUUGCAUCAUGAUGUUACUGCAGUCAACCUGAGAAUGUUUCGUAGGUUUCUUGGAAGUAUGAAACAUAAACAGUAUCAGAUAGUGGCUGUGAAUGGCCGCCUGACAGUGGAAGAGAAAAAUGCUCGUAAGCAUGCAUCUGCAGUGUUGACAGCAGAAAAGGUGCCAUAAUAGUAGCUCACAUUUGGAUUCACCAGGCAAGAUGAGGAGAUUGUCUUCGUGGGUCAUGUGUAAAUUUUAAAUUGUACAUUCAUUAUUUGAUCUUGGAAUUACAUAAAUGAUGUUGAACGUGAGACCUUAGAUUUUCUAAAUUGGUAUUAAUACCUUCCUGUGCUAGUUCUUAACAGUGACAGACAUAGUCACGUUUGGUACAGUACAGUGCGUUGCAAAUGUCUGUAAUAAGUUAUCUCUUUUAAUUAAAGAGCACACUGUAAGAAUUUUUGAGUGCAGGUCAGAUAUUCAUCUUGUCACUGACCUAUUGUUCUCCCUGCAUCAUUCUCUGCUUGAUGCAGUGGCAAGACUCGUGCUCCUUUUGUGCCUAUAUAAGCAGCAUGUUAAAUUGUGGAGAAUUGGAGCCUAUAAUAAUUAUGGUCAACAUGAACCACUAAUGACACUUCAGGUUUGCUUGUGUAUAUAUUUUAUACUUUUUCUAUACACAUUGCACAUUAUUACAAAGAGGUAAAGUUGAAAAUAUGUUCCAAAAGCCAGAAAGUUAUUUAAUAUUUUAGGUUUUCAUUUUACCUGCAUAACAAAAUUAAAAUUUGCCUGAUUUACAGUUUUAUGUUUGG